CAUUAAAGAUUAUAUUAAAGAAAAAAGAGCAAAGUUCACGUAGAUUUGAAAAUGAAAGUAGAUUAUUCUAGAACAAAAUAAGAGAUCCCCAAAAUGGUGAAAAUUGGCCUCCAGUUUAAAGCAGAAUUGGAAAACAUAACAAACUUGAGGCCUGAAGGAGAAGAUUUCAGAUGGUAUGUAAGGCUGAAGUGUAUAAGUUGUGGUGAAGAAACUCACGAGUUCCAGUACUUGACAUUAACGGAAAAUUCUCCGUUGAAAGGAGGAAGAGGACAUGCGAGUUUGGUGAUAAAAUGUAAACUUUGUAGCCGAGAAAAUUCAAUAGAUAUUUUAAAAGAUACGAUAAAGUCAUACACUGCUGAUGAUUCUGGACAUCUUAAGACAAUGGUUGUGUUUGACUGCCGAGGAGUAGAACCCAUAGAAUUUUCACCAAGGGUUGGAUUUGUUGCUGAAGGUGCAGAAAGUGGAGCCAAAUUUCCUGAAGUAGAAUUAACAGAAGGGGAAUGGUGUGAUUACGAUGAGAAGGCCUCUGUUCCUGUUGGAGUUAGUGAACUUGGACAUAAAUUUAUCACAGUCAAAUGAAUUUGACACGGUGAACAAUAGGGAAUUUUGCUGAUUAUGGUGUAUUUCUAAGGGGUAAAUGUAAGGUGGCAUUAUGUACACAAGUAUUGUUAUUUUGGUUAUCUAGUACAUGAUCAAGAUUGUAACAUUGGGUAAUCAUUUAGUAACCCUUGAUGAAUAAAAAGUUACGGUAUGCCUUUUCUAUGUUGAUGGCAUGUAAAAAAAACCUGGCAUAAACUUAGUGAUGCAUGGUUGCUUUAUUGUUAAAGGAUGAAAAAUUGUAUCUUUGAAAAAAUUUUAAAUAGACAUUUUAAUCAGUUUAUUACAUUUUUCAAGAAAACUGUCAAAGAAGAAAAUACCAUAUAGCUCAUACAAUACAAUGUACAAUGUUAUCUCUUUUCUUAUUAAAUUACCGCUUCUAGUUCUA